CCGAGGCAUUGGACAAGAUGGGCCUCUUUCAUUGUUGCAUUAUACAUCCACAGUCGCUGCCCUCUUUGUGUAUAGUCUCGUUGUGGUCGGACGGAUAUCAUGAGGACAGCCUCAACAGUCACUAGGCGGAUAUGCAGAGAUCAGUUGCUGCCCGCAUACCCUGUAGCUUCUUCAUCCCGGACCCUGAUCACCGGACCAGCACCUACAAGCUCCUCGACGACACCGACUUCUGCUCCUCUUCCUACACCUACACCUCUUCCCGCAUUUCAACCUCCGCCUAGAGCACCGGAUGGUCGACCGAUCUACGUUAGGGGGAGUCAAGCUGAGAGACAGGAGAGGUACACAAGGAUGAGCAGCCCAUUGCGAAGAGGGACACACGAGUCAUGGUGGACUGCAGACUUGUCAUUCUUCAAUGCAGUGGCAAAGACUAUCCCCACGUAUAGGGUAUUAGAUGAAGAGGGACAUGUCGUGAAGGGUGGUCACCAGCCUCAAAUCAGCAAAGAGCAGGCUUUGCACAUCUACCGAAUCAUGACUCUCGUCCCUGCGGUCGAUACGAUCAUGUAUCAGUCUCAGAGACAGGGACGGAUAUCAUUUUACAUGCAAGGAGCCGGUGAAGAAGCUGCGACCGUUGCUUCGUCAGCCGCCAUGAUGCCAAACGACGAAUUCUUUGGACAAUAUCGUGAACAAGGUGCUUUACUCGCUCGUGGAUUCUCCAUCAAAUCACUCAUGGCCCAAUGUUUCGGCAACGUCGAAGACCACAGCACAAAAGGAAGGCAAAUGCCAGUUCACUACUCUGACCCAGAGCUCGGCUGGCAUACCAUCACCAGUCCUCUAGCUACUCAAUUACCACACGCUGCGGGUGCUGCAUACGCUAUCAAAUUGGAUGAAUCGAGACAGGGCGAUUGUGUCAUUUGUUACUUUGGUGAUGGGGCUGCCAGUGAAGGAGAUUUCCACGCGGCAUUGGGAAUGAACUCUGUCUUGGGAGGACCUUGUGUCUGGUUCUGCAGGAACAAUGGUUUUGCCAUCUCCACGCCUAUCAUCGACCAGUACGCCGGGGACGGUAUCGCAUCUCGAGGACCGGCAUAUGGUCUCGACACGAUUCGAGUCGAUGGAAACGAUGCUUUGGCAGUAUACGAAGCUGUUCAGGAAGCAAGAGCGAGAGCAGUGGAGGACAAGAAGGGAGUGCUUGUGGAAGCGAUGACGUACCGUGUGGGACAUCAUUCGACCAGUGACGAUUCGAGCAAGUACAGACCCGCUGAGGAAGUCAAAGAGUGGAUGACAGUCGACAACCCCAUUCACCGAUUCCGAAACUUUUUGGUCCAAAAGGGCUGGUGGACUGAGAAGGAGGAUCAUGAGCUCAUAGCAAAGCACAAAUCAGAGGUUCUCGCGGCAUUCAAGCGCGCUGAGAAGUUGCCAAAGCCAAAACUAGGAGAAAUGUUUACAAACGUCUGGGUGGUCAAGAAAGGUGAUAAGCAGCCUGAAGUCAUGAAUGAACAGCGCGCCGAGCUUGGCAGGUUGCUCAAAAAGUAUGGAGACGCUUGGGGACCAUGGAGAAGGGAUCGAAAGUUGUUCGUUGAGGAGGGCGAGGACGUCAUGGAUGCGGAUGGAUUUGGGUCGAAGAGCUAGCAAGGUCGUUUUGAAUAAUGCAUGAUGUCGGUUGUGCUGCUGGCAAUCGAGAUGGAUAGCAGUGUGUAGGUCAGAUCCCAGGCAACACAAGCAAACACGG